AUGUCUCUUAGAAAUGUUAUCUAUUGUGGCAUAUGUUCUUAUCCUCCUGAAUACUGCGAGUUUUCGGGUAAGUUGAAGCGUUGCAAAGUCUGGCUUUCAGAAAACCACCCCGAUAGAUUCGCCCAGGAAUACGGCAGUGCGGAGACCGACGAGACUGCUGCAAAGCUCGCCGCAAGCUCUAUUGGUGAUGAACGUGAGGAAAAACUUGAGAAAGAUCUCUUGAAGUUGCAAUCCAAGCAGGAAAACCGAGAACAGCGGGAACUGGCCAAGAAGCUUUCUUCCAAGGUUGUCAUCAGACGCGAAGCUCGUACUAAGCGCAAGUGUAUGGUCGCUAUUAGUGGUCUGGAAGUGUUUGAGAUAGACAUGAAAAAACUGGCCAAGACCUUCGCUUCGAAAUUCGCUACAGGCUGUUCGGUCUCCAAGAAUGCCGAAAAGAAGGAGGAAAUCGUCAUCCAGGGAGAUCUUGCCGACGAAGCCGAGGCAUACAUUCACAAACUGCUAGAGGAAAAGGGCAUGAAAGACGUCAAGGUCGAGCAGAUUGAUACCAAAAAGAAAAAGAAACCCACGACUGACGCGGAUGCUUCCGAGAACUGA